AUGGACAAAGUGAUCGAAUUCCUCGACGCCAAUGAGAAGAAAUGGGUGGAGAGACUUUCCCAGAAUGUCGCCAUUGCUUCAAUUUCUUGCUCACCAGACAAUCGGCCACAGACGAUUGAGCAGAUGCAUGUUGCGGAUAAAAUGCUCAAGGAACUCGGUUGCUCUACCGAAAUCGUCGAUUUAGGAUCUCACACGAUGCACGAUGGUAAAAGUCACCCUCUUCCGCCCGUCAUUCUCGCCAAACUCGGAGACGACCCAAACAAGAAGACUCUACUUAUCUACGGCCAUCUAGAUGUCCAACCGGCUCUUAGAUCCGACGGAUGGGAUACCGACCCUUUUGUGCUCACAGAAAAAGAUGGAAAGAUGUACGGCCGAGGAAGCACGGACGAUAAGGGACCAGUCCUCGGCUGGGUCAAUGUCAUCGAGAGUUUUCAAAAGACGAACACGGAGAUUCCGAUUAAUAUCAAAUUCUGCCUCGAAGGAAUGGAAGAAUCAGGUUCAGUUGGACUUGAAGAGCUUGUUAGAAAGAGGGAUGACUUUUUCAAGACGAAUGUUGAUUGGGUCUGCAUUUCUGACAAUUACUUCCUUGGAAAGACCAAACCAUGUGUGACCUACGGCCUCAGAGGCUGCAUGUAUUUCUACCUCGAAGUCAUUUGCGCAAAACAAGAUCUUCACUCUGGCGUCUUUGGCGGUAGCGUUCACGAAGCUACCGUUGAACUUUCCCAUAUUUUCUCAAGUUUGGUCGAUGUCAAAGGGAAGAUAUUGAUCGACGGUGUUGGAAAAGAAGUUGAUGAUUUGACUGAAGAAGAGAUGAAAACUUAUGCAGACAUUGACUUUGAUAUGGGCGCCUAUCAGGCUGAUGUUGGGACGAAUAAACUGACUGAAGAAAGUAAGGCAAAACUACUGAUGCGACGAUGGAGAGAGCCUUCUCUCUCGAUCCAUGGAAUCCAGGGCGCCUUUGCCGAGCCAGGAGAGAAAACCGUCAUUCCGGGAAAAGUUAUCGGCAAAUUCUCGAUCCGACUGGUCCCAUCGAUGAGCUUCGAUCACGUUGAAAAGUGCGUCAAGGAUCACAUCGAAGCGGUUCACGCCAAGCUUGGCACUGGGAAUCAAGUCAAGUGCUAUUUGGCGAAGGGGCCCGGAAAGCCCUGGAAGGCGGAGACCACCACUCCAAAUUAUCAGGCGGCGAUUAAGGCUGUCGAGGAUGUCUGGGGUGUCAAGCCGGAUUUGACAAGAGAGGGAUGUUCUAUUCCAAUCACUUUGGUCUUCGAAGAAGUAACGGGUCGAUCAGUUCUACUCCUCCCGAUGGGCUCCAGCGACGAUGGAGCUCAUUCCCAAAACGAAAAGCUCAACAAAAUCAACUACACAAAUGGCAUGAAAGUCUUUGCCAACUACAUCCACCGGCUGGGCAAAGAAUAG